AUCAGCUGGGGUGGUCCCAGGGCGCUCUGGGCACGAGUAUUGCUGAGUGAUCACUGGCUGCCACCUGCGUGACAAAGUAAAGGACCAACCCUUCAAUUUAUACCAGUGGAGCCAGAUCACGGGAAACAAUUGACAGAGUUGUUAAGCUUAUGCUUAGCCCAGCGUGAUACAGGACUGGUGUGACAACUCGUUUUUAAUCAGUGACUCAAUAUUGUGAUCACCCUGAUGUCACCGAAUGGCCACAGCUUGUAAAAGAUCACCAGGAGAACCUCACUCUGAAAACAUUGAAACUAGCCGAAUGAAGCGAGCAGCUGCAAAGCAUCUAAUAGAGCGCUACUACCACCAGUUAACUGAGGGCUGUGGAAAUGAAGCCUGCACGAAUGAAUUUUGUGCUUCCUGUCCAACUUUUCUCCGUAUGGAUAACAAUGCAGCAGCCAUUAAGGCCCUCGAGCUUUAUAAGAUUAAUGCAAAACUCUGUGAUCCUCAUCCCUCCAAAAAAGGAACGAGUUCAGCUUACCUAGAAAACAAUUCCAAAGGUGCCCAUAACAAUUCCUGCACUGACAGAAAAAUGAACAAGAAGGAAAUGCAAGGCCCAAGAGAUGACUUUAAAGAUGUGACUUUUCUAACAGAAGACAAGAUAUAUGAAAUUCUUGAACUAUGUCGAGAGAAAGAGGAUUAUUCCCCUUUAAUCCGGGUGAUUGGGAGAGUAUUUUCUAGCGCCGAAGCAUUGGUACAGAGCUUCCGAAAAGCCAAGCAGCACACCAAGGAGGAGCUCAAGUCCCUUCAAGGAAAGGAUGAAGACAAAGAUGAAGAUGAAAAGGAAAAAGCUGCCUGUUCAGCUGCUGCUAUGGAAGAAGAUUCAGGCGCAUCGUCAUCCUCGUCUUCAAGAAUAGGUGAUAACACACAGGGAGAUAAUAACCUCCAAAAACUAGGCCCAGAUGAAGUGUCUGUAGAUAUUGAAGCAGUCAGACGGGUCUAUGAUAGAUUACUUUCUAAUGAAAAAAUAGAAACUGCCUUUUUAAAUGCACUUGUGUACUUGUCACCUAAUGUGGAAUGUGACUUGACUUACCAUAAUGUGUACUCUCGGGAUCCUAACUAUCUGAAUUUGUUUAUUAUUGUUAUGGAGAAUGGCAAUCUUCAUAGCCCAGAAUAUCUGGAAAUGGCUCUACCAUUGUUUUGCAAAGCAAUGAGCAAACUUCCCCUUGCAGCUCAAGCAAAACUGGUCAGAUUGUGGUCUAAGUACAGGGCUGACCAAAUUCGGAGAAUGAUGGAAACAUUUCAGCAGCUUAUUACUUACAAAGUCAUAAGCAAUGAGUUCAAUAGUCGUAACCUGGUGAAUGAUGAUGAUGCUGUUGUUGCUGCUUCAAAGUGCUUGAAAAUGGUUUACUAUGCAAAUGUAGUAGGAGGGGAUGUGGAUACAGAUCACAAUGAAGAGGAAGAUGAAGAGCCCAUCCCGGAAUCAAGUGAACUCACUCUUCAAGAGCUGUUGGGUGAGGAAAGAAGAAAUAAAAAAGGUCCUCGAGUGGACCCACUGGAAACUGAACUUGGUGUUAAAACUAUAGAUUGCAGAAAACCACUUAUCCCUUUUGAAGAAUUUAUUAAUGAACCACUGAAUGAUGUUCUAGAAAUGGACAAAGAUUACACUUUCUUCAAAGUAGAAACAGAAAAUAAAUUCUCUUUUAUGACCUGUCCCUUCAUAUUGAAUGCUGUUACCAAGAACCUGGGAUUGUACUAUGACAAUAGAAUCCGGAUGUACAGUGAAAGACGCAUAACUGUGCUCUACAGCUUAGUUCAAGGACAGCAGCUCAACCCGUAUUUGCGACUUAAAGUGAGACGUGAUCACAUCAUAGAUGAUGCGCUCGUCCGGCUAGAGAUGAUUGCCAUGGAAAAUCCUGCAGACUUGAAGAAGCAACUGUACGUUGAAUUUGAAGGAGAGCAAGGGGUAGAUGAAGGAGGCGUUUCCAAAGAAUUUUUUCAACUGGUUGUGGAAGAAAUCUUCAAUCCGGAUAUUGGGAUGUUCACGUAUGAUGAAUCAACAAAACUGUUUUGGUUUAAUCCGUCCUCUUUUGAAACUGAGGGUCAGUUUACACUGAUUGGCAUAGUACUGGGUCUGGCUAUUUACAAUAACUGUAUACUGGAUGUACAUUUUCCAAUGGUUGUCUACAGGAAGCUAAUGGGCAAAAAAGGAACGUUCCGUGAUCUGGCAGACUCUCAUCCUGUUCUUUACCAGAGUUUGAGAGACUUACUGGAGUAUGAAGGAAGUGUGGAAGACGACAUGAUGAUAACGUUUCAAAUAUCUCAUACUGAUCUCUUUGGCAAUCCAAUGAUGCACGAUUUAAAGGAAAACGGUGAUAAAAUUCCUAUUACGAAUGAAAACAGAAAGGAAUUUGUCAAUCUGUAUGCUGACUAUAUACUCAAUAAAUCAGUAGAAAAGCAGUUCAAGGCCUUUCGGAGAGGAUUCCACAUGGUGACCAAUGAAUCUCCUUUGAAAUAUUUAUUUAGACCAGAGGAAAUUGAAUUACUUAUUUGUGGAAGUAGGAAUUUAGAUUUUCAAGCACUAGAAGAUACUACAGAAUAUGAUGGUGGCUAUACAAGAGACUCUCUUAUUAUUAGGGAAUUCUGGGAAAUAGUCCAUUCAUUCACAGACGAACAGAAAAGACUAUUCUUACAGUUUACAACAGGCACAGACAGAGCCCCUGUGGGAGGACUCGGGAAGUUAAAGAUGAUCAUAGCCAAAAACGGCCCCGACACGGAGAGGUUACCUACAUCUCAUACAUGCUUUAAUGUACUUUUGCUUCCGGAGUACUCAAGCAAAGAAAAGCUUAAAGAGAGAUUAUUGAAGGCCAUCACAUAUGCCAAAGGAUUUGGCAUGCUGUAAUAACUAAAACAACAAAAGGGAUUUAAAAAACGAUGGUGAUGUCCCUGUCCAAAAAGGCCAUAAGAUAGUGAGCUACAGUAGUCACCUGUGUUUGUGCCUCCCUUCUUAACUGGGGACAUUGGGCUGGAACAGCAGAUUUCAGCUGCUUAUAUGAACAAAAUCUUUAUUUUUUCUUUUAGCGUGAAAGUGUUACAUAUUCUUUCACUUGUAUGUACAGAGAGGUUUUCCUGAAUAUUUAUUUUAAGGGUUAAAUCACUUUUGCUUGUGUUUAUUACUGCUUGAAGUUGAGCCUUUUUGAGUAUUUACAAGAAAACAAACUGUACUCUCCCAAGGAAAAUAUUGCCAUCAUUUGUAGACCAUGUAACCUUCAAGUUAUGUGCUAUAUUUUUGUCCCUGUAUCUAAUCAAAUCAAGAACUGUACUUUUUUGAAGAGUUUGCUUUUGAAACUUGAAGUCUUGGAAAACAGUGUGAUGCAAUUACUGCUGUUCUAGCCCCCAAAGAGUUUCUGUGCAAAAUCUUGAGAAUCAAUAAAGAUGGAAGGGAGAACUCGGAAUGU